AUGAUGAUGCAAUCAGGCCUGGAUGACAUGACUAAGCUGAGGAUGUUGAAGGCACAGGCUCUGUCAAAGGAGGCCAGAGGAGAGGGUCUGAAUCUUGGGAAGAAGAUCAGCGUUCCAAGAGAUGUGAUGAUGGAGGAGCUCAAUCUUCCAUCUAAUCGAGGCUCUCGCAUGUUUCAGGAGAGACAGAAGAGGGUGGAGCGGUUCACAGUGGAGAACGCUGCUAAUGGUGCUCACAUCAUUGUCAAUGCCCAUCCAGAGGCCGUUCCUCCCCCGCAGAUCAUCCAAGAGCCACAGGGAGGGAAAGAGAACCAGGCUUUCUCCAUCCCGGGUAAGCAUAGCCUGGUCAUGAACCUUCAGAAGACUGUAGCAAAGAAAGGCAGUCCUGAUGUCAUCGCUCCAGGAUAUUCUGGUCCUCUGAAGGAAAUUCCUCAUGAGAAAUUCAACACAACAGUAAUCCCCAAAUCUUACUGCUCCCCUUGGACGGAAGCUUUGGGAGACAAGGAUGAUCUCCUGACUGUCCUCAGUACCCAGCUGCCCCAGGCCCCACAGACUGCCAACUACAGGUGCUUCAACAGAUCUCCCAAGCCAUUUGGUGGGGCUAUGGCCAGCAAGAGGGUGAUCCCAGUGAUUGGCUUUGAGGCAGUUGAAUCCCAAAACCUGCCCGGCGAGGCUUUGGACAGAAUGUGUCGGAGGCCCAACUUUAACAGAGCACCCCGGGGAUGGGGAGGCGAUUACUGCCCAGAAUCUGACCAACUAUGA